AAACUGCCCGUCCAAUCUCUUUCAUCUGCUUGCUUGCUUGCUCUCCUGCAUUAGUUUCCAUCCUCGGUUGCAGGUAGUUAGUCGGUUCCGGAUUCGCGCCGGCCUUUUUGCACGACGUGGAUGUUGCAGCCGGAGUUCUUGACGACGGUGCCCAACGAGGAAUAGAAAGGGGGAAAAAAAGAAACGCGUAUCUGAAUUCCACACGGCCGGCGAAGACACUUGAACAGUCUUGCUGGCAAUGGGAAACAAGGGACCAGUGCCAACACAGGAAUCGACGAAUGAUGACGCCGAGGCACCGUCGUCUACGUCUGCUGCGAGCAAUACUAAGAGCAAGACAGACGUGGAGCGAGAGCAGCUGUUCGAAGGAUCAAGCGACGACGACGCCGCCCACACGCCACGGAAGAGAAGCACCCAGGAGAUCCUCACCAAAUACAAGUUCAAAGGGGACGCCGCGGCUGCCGCGGCUCACGCGAAGCAGAAGCUCAUGGAGCGGCAGGAGAAACUCGCGAGAAUCACGGAGCAGUCCGCGGAGCUGGAGAGCGAGGCCGAGAACUUCGCCGCGCUCGCGCAGCAGAUCAGGAAGAACACGGAGACCUGGUGGUGGAAGCGGUGAUCAACAACGUAAGCCAUCGCCUGCUUACGUAGCUCAUGCGUCGUCAGCAGACUGGCAUGGGACGCCACGGGAUCAUAUGCAUGGCUGUAACCCGGCCACGCUGCUCGGUUCCUCUCUGCACAAGCGUCAGCAGACUGUGGCGCUAGUACGUGCCGCUCUCUCUGCAUCUGCAUCACAUCACUACGAGCCCCAGCAAGCAGAACGAAAAGCAAUGCGAUUGUGACGGUUCAGCCAGCGUCGGCCCUGCUGCCCCUGCAGCAGCAGCAGCAUGUCUGUUUUCCUACGGAUCUUUGUUUUAAGGCUUCAACAAUGA